GGUCAGUUAUCGCCUAUCGGCCAUCGCUAUCGCCGCCCCGUUGCGACAAAAAAGAUUUAAUCGAACCGAAAGACGUGCUCGCACUAAAAUCGCUUGAAAACAGGCCCGCAGACCUGCGAAAAACGAAAAAGUGCAGCGCGCAUAUACUUUUUCAACUGUGCCCCUCUAGCUUAAAAUUAAGUCGCGGCGAAAAGUCGAGUAAAACCCGCGGAAAUGCGCAUGCAAACGGCGUGUGGCCAGCAAAAUCGCUGCCAAGGCACCGCACACACACUCGGCCACCCACACAUACACACUUAGUGCUGUACUCGAAAAGUGCGAAGACAACAGGAACUCUGUGCCAAAAUAAUAUUAACAGUACCCAGUUAUUCCAUUCCACUGCACCUGUCCCCGAAACAUCGAAAUAUUCGCGUUACGUAUACGCAACGAGUGCUGUAAACAAGUUUGCACAGGCGAUAACAAUGUCCAAAUACGAUCUGCUUUAUCUAACGGCGCAGCUAACGCUGGUCUGCUGUCUGAUUGGAAUCCAUGGAUCUAUUUUGCCCGGAAGUCAUGGGAUCAUAGAAUGCGAGCACUUCGACGAGAAGAUGUGCAACACAACGCAGCAAUGUGAAACACGGAUAGAGCACUGUAAGAUGGAGGCGGAUAAGUUUCCCAGCUGCUAUGUCCUUUGGUCGGUCAACGAGACAACGGGCAUCCUGCGCAUCAAGAUGAAGGGCUGCUUCACGGACAUGCACGAAUGCAAUCAGACGGAGUGCGUGACCAGUGCAGAGCCACGGCAGGGAAACAUUCACUUCUGCUGCUGCAAGGGAUCGCGGUGCAAUUCCAACCAGAAAUAUAUUAAAAGCACCACGGAGGCAACCACACAAGUGCCCAAGGAGAAGACGCAGGACGGCAGCAAUUUGAUAUACAUCUACAUUGGCACCUCCGUUUUCAGCGUGCUCAUGGUCAUUGUUGGCAUGGGCCUUCUUCUCUACCGACGCCGCAAGCAGGCGCACUUUAACGAGAUACCCACGCACGAGGCUGAGAUAACAAACUCAUCGCCAUUGCUCAGCAACCGUCCCAUUCAGCUGCUGGAACAGAAGGCCAGUGGUAGAUUCGGUGAUGUGUGGCAAGCCAAGCUCAACAAUCAGGAUGUGGCCGUCAAGAUCUUUCGCAUGCAGGAAAAAGAAUCGUGGACCACGGAGCACGAUAUCUACAAGCUGCCGCGCAUGCGCCAUCCGAACAUCCUCGAAUUCCUGGGCGUUGAGAAGCACAUGGACAAGCCGGAAUAUUGGCUGAUAUCCACCUACCAGCAUAACGGAUCACUAUGCGACUACCUCAAAUCGCACACGAUCUCAUGGCCAGAGUUGUGCCGCAUCGCUGAGUCCAUGGCCAAUGGACUGGCACAUCUGCACGAGGAGAUCCCGGCAUCAAAGACCGAUGGGCUAAAACCAUCGAUAGCUCACCGAGACUUCAAGUCUAAGAACGUACUGCUUAAGAGCGAUCUGACGGCCUGUAUAGCUGACUUUGGUUUGGCCAUGAUAUUCCAGCCAGGCAAGCCCUGCGGCGAUACACACGGUCAAGUAGGCACUCGACGUUACAUGGCCCCAGAGGUGCUUGAGGGUGCCAUCAAUUUCAAUAGAGACGCUUUCUUACGCAUAGACGUCUACGCAUGCGGCCUAGUCCUCUGGGAAAUGGUGUCACGGUGUGACUUUGCCGGACCCGUCGGUGAGUUCCAGCUGCCUUUUGAGGCCGAGCUGGGCCUGAGGCCGUCGCUGGACGAAGUUCAGGAGAGUGUGGUAAUGAAGAAGCUGCGCCCUCGUUUGCUCAACUCCUGGCGCGCCCAUCCGGGACUUAAUGUAUUCUGCGACACAAUGGAGGAGUGCUGGGAUCACGACGCUGAGGCUCGUCUUAGCUCUUCGUGUGUGAUGGAACGCUUUGCGCAGCUAAACAAGUAUCCCUCAACCCAGUUGCUAAUCAAGAACCACACCAACAUUGACGACGCCAAGGAAUCUACGAAUUGCUUAUAGAAGCGGUACUAAGCCACAGACCAGCCAGCGGAUCUGUGGCUCUGCAAAAAAAUCAGUUGAAGCUUUUUGCUUCGUAGUGGAUAGUUGAUCGUCGAGGUCGUAAGACGUUUCGUUUUUAGUUUAAUAGUUUGUAGUACCAUUAUAAGCAGCUAUAGAAUGGGUUGAUUUAUACGAAAGAAGUCGUGUAAGAUGUAACUUUUCCUAAGGGAAAAGCCAAAAGCUUAACAUGCCAACGAUUCUUUGUUAUUAUUUUCUUUAAAUUAUAAAUCGACUCAUUCGAUGUUAACCCGAGUUCUUAAAUCUGUUGGAAAUGAGUGGAAACGUACACUAAGCAACUUUGAACAAAGAGCAUUAGCUAUGUCCAGAGACGUGGUAGUUGCUAAUCCGACAUUGACUUCAUUGACUGAUAACCAUAUAUAGUUCUAUAUAAAUCAUACAUAUAACGUACAAUUUGUUUUGCCCUCUGGCAGUAGCCUGUGUGCAUAUGUAAACUGUUGAAAAUUAUCGUCAAGCCUUUUAAAGUAUAAUUUUAUUUGUACGUUAUCGAAUGUCUUCAUAUAGUAGUAGUUUUAUAUUUAAAGUUAUUUUCAAAAUAGAUUUAACAAUUUUAGUUUACUUUUUAGUUGUAACGUUUUUAUUUCGCGCUCAAACGUGCAUGCGUUUUAAUGUUGUAUUUUAAAUAAAAAUACUUUAAACUCCAUCCUAACCAUCUGAUUUUUUAUUAUUUUGUCUGUUUUAUAUUUCUGCUUUUGAUUUUUAUUUUUUUAUUUCCAAAACGUAGUGCCAAUGACCCUCAGAAAUCGCGUAAGCAUAAUAAAUGUGUAAUUAUGUAAUUGUAUUCUAAUUCUACUGGACAGUACAAGCAACACCUGAAGUUUUCAAAGGAAAGUUUCUUUUUAACAAGAAUCUAACUUAAGCGCAUAUACAUAAAUUAUAAAAUAUAAACUAUACUCUUUAUAUAUACACACAACACAUACACGCAUAGGCAUACGGAACACACGCAGUCUAGCAGGUUUAUAUGAAGCACACGCUGCGACUCAUCGUCAGCAUAAAAUCUAAACAAAAAAAAAAUCAAAGUUAAUAUUCAACCCAAGAGGUAUGCACACACUGUAAGAAAUUAGAGCUAAACACAAUGAGUAAGUAUGUUAAACAUUGUUAAACGGAUAGUAUGUCUUAUAAUGUUAGCCAAACAAGGUGUAUGUCGAGCUAUAGUUAUUUAAGCUAUAGUUUAAUUAAGAGAGUCUUGGCGGAAUGUAUUAUCUUUCGGGUUAUUUGAAACUUUUUUGCGCAGCAUCAGUUCUUAUCAAUGGCUAAGCAUCUGAAAUACUUCUGGAUUAUCAGUUAAGAUAUCAACUAAACACGAUACACAACACAGAACAAAACGAAACAAACAAAGCUUCAUUACCUGAUUUUUUUGAGCAACUUACAACAAAAAUAGUUUAUUACGCAAACAAACAAAAACCAAACGACAUAAUCUUAAUAAUAGAACGAAUUUUGUUAUGCUGUAUUUAAUUUGUAUAUUUUCCAUUGGUGCUGAAACAUCAUUACGACGAACAUAAUGAUAAUGAAGAUAAUAAGAAACGAAUUCAAAAACAACCAGUAUUUAAAGAGCGAAGGAAUAAACAAUUAAUAUUUAAUCAUAGUAGUUUGUUACAUAUCAGAUUGCUAAAUGGGAUAGAGGAAGAUAAUAUAAAUCGAUCAUUUCAAAAAGAUUUGCAGAGAAAUUUUUAUAGCAUUAUACAAGGCAAUAACAAGCCAACAGCAAUUUUGGUAUAUUUUUUAAUGCAUUUCAUAAGUAAAACCAAAACGAGUUUAUAAACAGUAAAUUCAUAAGAAAAUCUUUUUAAAACACCCCAUUUUCGAAUAUCAUCAGCAAAGUUUUAUAAAAACCAAUAUGCGAAAAACAUAUACGAGAUGAUAGCAAGUCGUGUUAAGAAGUUUACGAUUAAAAAACGAUCUUUGAUAAUAACGGAUUUAAAAUAAAAAUGCAACUGUUUAAUAAAC